GACAAUGGUGCGGUCCGAUUAAAUGAUGGGUCGAUGCAUUCUGUUCGAUCCAUAGUGGAAACAAAUAAACAACAUUUCGACAGCGACGGGGAUGAACUGGACAGCAUCCAAAGAUCUAUUGAUCACAGCGGUGUUGCUGAGGAUGCGUGGUGUCUGCUGUGUCCAGAGCAAGAAUUGGAAAGGCUACAAUGCGAAGAAGAACGCCGGAAAAAACAACAGUUGGUCGAAGAAGAGGCAGAAGUAAUACCUGACUUGGCAAAUGAAAAUAGAACCGCUCUAAACUUACAAAAGCAAAAGUCAAUGAGUCGAAAUGAUGGCUUGGCAUUGAUCCGCUCCCUAAAUAAUACUCAAAUGGACAUUUUUUACAAAAUUAGACAGUGGUGCCUUGAUAAAGUAGGUGGGAGAAAACCCGAGCCUUUACACUUAUUCAUCACAGGUGGUGCCGGGACAGGAAAAAGCCACCUAAUUAAAGCCAUCCAAUAUGAGGCUACCAGGUUGUUGUCAACAAUGUGUCGGCAACCGGACAAUAUUUCUGUCUGUCUAGCUGCACCAACAGGGAUUGCUGCUUACAAUUUGAAUGCCACAACCAUCCACAGCACAUUGAGCAUCGGCAAGGAUACCCGUUUGCCUUACACACCACUGGGUGAGGAAACGGUGAAUUCCUUGCGUGCCAAGUUCGCGGACCUCCAAAUUUUGAUUAUCGAUGAAAUAUCGAUGGUUGAUCACAAGUUGUUGACGUACAUUCAUGGUAGGCUCCGACAAAUUAAGCAAACCGGUGACUAUGCUGCAUUUGGCAACGUCAGCAUCAUCGCCGUCGGUGAUUUUUACCAGUUACCGCCAGUCAAAGGAAAGCCUCUUUAUGUCGAAGACGCCACUUUCAACUUGUGGACAAAUCUUUUCAGUGUUGUCGAACUGACAACGAUAGUCCGGCAAAAAGAUAAUCAGUUUGCAGCCUUGCUAAAUAGACUCCGCAAACAUCCAAAAGGCGCGGCGUUGUUGGAAACAGACAUAGAACUUCUGAAACAGCGCGAAACGGGUGAGGUCAGCUCCGCGUUACAUGUGUUUCCAACCAAUCAACAAGUAAACGAGUACAACCUAAAAUCAGCUUUUCAGGAUCUGUCCGGAGUACACAAUAAUAAAAGCUCAGGAUUACAGCCAAAACAAAAAAUCCGGUAAAUUAGAAAAAAAAAGUUGGGCACCACAGCAAAGUUUACAACACGUGUUUAGAGGAAACUCUGGACAUCGCUAAAGAUGCUCGUGUAAUGCUUUGCAAAAACAUCGAUAUUGACGACGGCUUAGUUAACAGGGUUUGU